GCUGCCAGUGUUCCCGUCGUAUCGAACCGCAUAUACCGCGGCGCACACACGCCUGGUCGUAUAAUAAACGUUAUUUUUCUUUCCCCACGAACAGCGCUCGCUAUAUACUACUCAACUACACUGUAUACAGCAUUCGGUAUUAUUCCGGCGAGCGGGCACACGGACGCUCUGUUCGCUUAGUGUUAUAAUAAUAAGGUUUCGUGCUGGUUGCGCGUUCGUAAUUUUUUGUUAUUAAUUUUUUUUUUUUUUUAUACACAUCAAUUUAUAAUUUAUUUCGACGUUAUAGCCAUCCGUUAGAAAUUUAUACGAUAAUUCAGGCAUGUGAUAGUAGUACAAACUUACCCGUAUUUUAUGGUCUAACCAGUAGAAAUUAAAAAUAAACAAAUUUCGAAACCAACGACAGUUAUUUAGUGAUUUGUUAACGUUCGAAAGUCACAUUUUUUUUUUUACUAAAUUAUUUAACGAACAAUGGUUAUGGAUACAGCGACUUUUUUCGUCGAGGGUACGUCUAACCAGUUCGAGCAUGUUCUCGGCUUGUACCCGCAAGCGUUGCGCGUCAAGGCGGAGAGCAAGACGAAAAAGCCCGAAGAACUCAUCAAGCUGGACAACUGGUACCAGAAUGAAUUACCUGGAAAGAUUAAAUCAAGAGGUAAAGAUGCACAUCUAAAUCAUGAAGAAAUAUGUCAAAUAAUGAGAUGGAAACAAACUAGAGGAAAAACUUAUCCUCAAUUAAAUUAUUUAAUCAAAGUCAACACACCCCGUGCAGUUAUGGCAGAAACCAAGAAAGCUUUCAAAAAACUACCCAACUUAGGACUUGCUAUUACAGCUUUAAGCAAUUUAAAAGGUGUUGGAACAACAAUGGCUUCAGCUCUUUUAGCUGCAGCUGCUCCAGAUAAGGCUCCUUUUAUGGCUGAUGAGUGUCUUAAAGCUAUUCCUGCUAUUGAAGGCAUUGAUUAUACUGCCAAAGAAUACUUGAAUUUUGUUUCUCAUAUCCAAAGCGCUUGUGAAAGACUAAAUAGUGAAUGCAGUGAAAGAACUUGGAGUCCACAUUCAGUAGAAUUAGCACUUUGGACACAUUAUGUAGCUAGUGAACUGAAACCUGAACUUUUAUGUAAUGUACCAGAAGCUCCUAAAAAACCAUUAAGUGAACCAAUUAAAUCUGAAACUCAUUUAAAUGGAAAUGCUAAUCAAAUAAAGUUGGAUGAGCAGGUCUCUGAUGAAAGUAACCCAUUACCUCCAUCAAAUGGUCAUCAAUUAGCUAUAGAAGAUGAUUCACGUGAUAAAUCUGAAGAUGAUGUUACUAAUGAUUCUAUAUCAACAUCUGAAUCGGCUCAAACUCCAUUAGUUGAAGCCCUAACAGAAGAUUCAUCCAGUUUGCCAGCACCUGAUGAACCUCCAGUAAAAAAAUUUAAAAAUGAGGGCCAAACGGUGGCUGCUGAGGCCAAUGGUAACUAAUUUGGCUCAAUUGUCACAAUGAAACCAAAUGGAUCACCAUAGAAUUUAAACUUCAACGGUGGUUAAUAAUGGAGAAUAAAAUUUUAGAAUUUGACAAUGGAAACUCCAACAUUUUCAGACUUAAUGUAAUUAUUAAUUGAAACAUACAGUUUUCGAGUUUGUUAAUUCAAUACUUCAAUGAAACUUUUUUUUAUUUAUUCAUUGAAAAACGUAAAUAUAUUUUUUUUAUACAACAAAAUAAAUUAAGCCUUGUAAUAUUCUAACUUGUUUUAUUCAAUUGAUAAAUUUAUUAUAUGUCAACUGUAAAUAUGAUUAAUAAUAAUUAUAUAAUAUAUUUAAGUUAUUUGGGAAUAGAGGGAUGUUUGAUUUGUAUGUGUUUAAAAAGAAUUGCACUUAGAGGGAAUACUUUUUGAAGAAAAUCAAUUAAAUUUGUUCAUGAUUAGAGGUGGAAUUUGAGUAUGAAUCAAAGUGUUUCAAAGACAAACAUUUGAAACAAUGUAAACUUAGUAUUAUUAUGUCUGUUCUGCACCGAUAUUAAUGAAAUAAAUUGACUACAAUGCAUUAAA